AUGGCGUACUCACCCAGGCACUAUUGCCAACCGCUCAGCACCCCCGUCACCCGGAAGCGCAGCCGCGAGAGCUCCGGGGAGGACGAGGCCAUGCCCAGUAGACGCAGCAGUCUGCAUGAGCUCAUGGGUAUGUCCCGAUCGGCCCCCGGGACGCCCAUGGAGGCCGUGCCGGAGUACAAGGGGGUCACCCUCCACGUGCGCACUAAACGCCAUGAGGCCCACAUCUGGGAGGGUCAGCCCGGGCGGCAGUUCUACCUGGGCGGGUUCGGCAGCGCUGCCGAGGCGGCGCUGGCCUACGACAUUGUGGCCCUGCGCCUGGGCCGGCGCGAGACCAACUACCACCUGUCCUACUACGAGCCCUGGCUGGACCUGCUGGAGGCCCAGCCCCUGGAGGAUCUGGUGUCCGGGCUGCGGCGCCAGAGCAAGGGCGCCAGCCAGCAGACCUCCUUCUUCCGCGGCGUGACGCGGCACGCCAAGGGGCGCUGGGAGUCGCGCAUUGGCCAGGCCGCGGGGCGGCGCUACCUCUACCUGGGCCUGCACGACACGGAGGUGCAGGCGGCGCGCGCCUACGACCGCGCCGCCAUCGCGCAGAAGGGCAUCGACGCCCAGACCAACUUUGCGCUCUGCGAGUACCUGGAGGAGCUGGGGCCGGAGGCCGCCGCGCGUGCCGCCGCCAGGGGCCUCCUGGGGGGCACCGCACACCUCGUUCCCCUGUGCUGUGCCCAGUCCCCCUUUCCAUGUUGA